GUUCGUCUCUGCUCCUUUCCUCCAUCGAGACCGGGGGAGGCGAUUCUAGACUAUAUACUGUAUCUUUGAUGUCUAUUCUCCCUCUCUUCGAGAGAAUUUCAGAAUAAUGGCGCGAGAAGAGCCCCUCCUCGCGCGCCCCUCAUCCGAACGGUCGUCGAUCAGGACCGCCGAAGAGGAAGAUGCCUUACUCACAGGCGAACACCUCCCCAACCGACAUCAACCACGCCGCGGCUGGCCCUUCUGGAAAGACGUCGGCCUCUUCACCUGGUCGCUACUCGCCACCAUCGCCGUCAUCGUCCUAGCCGUCGUCUCCCAGCACCAGGCCAGCCGCGGCAGCGGCUCCAAAGCACCAUGGGGCCCCGGCGGCAAGCCCACCGGCAAACGCAACCUGAUCUUCAUGGUCUCCGACGGAAUGGGCCCCACCAGCCUGACCAUGACGCGGAACUUCCGCCAAUUCACAGAGGGUCUCCCAGUCGGUAACACCCUCGUGCUGGACGACCACAUCAUUGGCACCUCGCGCACGCGCUCUAGCUCCAGCCUCGUGACGGACUCCGCGGCUGGCGCGACGGCCUUCUCCUGCGGAGCCAAGAGCUACAAUGGCGCUAUCUCCGUGCUUCCCGAUCAUUCGCCGUGCGGGACCGUCCUCGAGGCGGCGUCUCUGGCGGGGUACAAGACGGGUCUGGUCGUGACGACCCGGAUCACGGACGCGACGCCCGCGUGCUUCGCUUCGCAUGUGAACACGCGCAAGUCGGAGGAUCGUAUCGCGGAGCAGGAGAUCGGCGAGCAUCCGCUUGGCCGUGUGGUCGACCUCAUCAUCGGCGGCGGACGGUGCCACUUCCUGCCGAACUCGACGGAGGGGAGCUGUCGCGGCGACGACCGGGACCUGGUGGCGGAGGCCAAGAAGGGCGGAUUCAACUACUUCGACGACCGCAAGGGCUUCGAUGCCCUCGAGGGCGGCGCCGAAGCCAAACUGCCGCUGCUGGGUCUGCUCGCGCAGGGCGACAUCCCGUUCGAGAUCGACCGCCGCGGCCAGAACGACGUGUAUCCGUCGCUGGAGGAGACGGCGCGCACGGCGCUCAAGACCCUCAGCCAGGCGACGAAGGACAGCGAGCAGGGGUUCUUCAUUCUGAUCGAGGGCUCGCGCAUCGACCACGCGGGUCACGGCAAUGAUCCCGCGGCGCAAGUGCAUGAAGUCAUGGCGUAUGAUCGGACGUUCGCGGCCGUACUGGACUUCAUCGAGAAGGAGUCCACCCCGACGGUGCUCGUCAGCACGUCAGACCACGAAACGGGCGGUCUAGCUGCUGCGCGCCAGCUGCACGACUCGUACCCGGAGUAUCUGUGGUUGCCGGGUGUGCUUGCCAACGCGAGCCACUCGUCGGAGUAUGCUGGGAAUAAACUCAAGAAGUAUCUGGGAAGCAACAAGGGCGACGCCCGCCAGUACGCGCGGGACAUUUUAGAAAAGGACCUCGGAGUGAUGGACGCCACGGAUGCAGAGGUGGACGUCCUCGUGGACCCUGAUCUGCCUUAUGAGCAUGACUACGUGUUUGCGGAUAUCAUCAGCCGACGGGCUCAAAUUGGGUGGGCUACGCAUGGACAUUCUGGCGUCGACGUAAACAUCUACGCCUCCUCCACAAAAGACGCCUGGCCCCUCGUCGGCAACAACGAAAACACCGACGUCGGCUCCUUCCUAGCCAGCUACCUCGACCUCAGCCUCGACGACGUAACCAACAAGCUGCGCGCCAAGGCGGCCGAUCUCAGCGCGAGCUGGAUGGGCAAGCUGGACGAUAAUAUGCGCACGGAGGGGCUGGAUCGGUAUCAUGGGGAUUUCAAGAGGUCGUUUGGGGUGGAUUUCCUGAAGAGGUCUUUGGAUGGGGGGGAGUGUGGGUGUGGGGGGCAUUGA